CUGUGGCUCUCUCCUGGGGCUCGGUGCCUUUGGCCGAGGCUGGAGACAGCUGUGAACAGCCACGGGCAGCUGAGGUGGCAGUGGGAACUCUCCCGAGAUGUUCAGCCAGGUGCCCAGGACCCCGGCUGCAGGCUGCUACUAUCUAACUCCCAUGACACCUGAGAGCCAGGAGAUGUACUUGCGAUUUGAUCAGACUGCCAGACGCUCUCCCUACAGGAUGAGCCGGAUCCUAGCACGCCAUCACCUAGUGACUAAAAUUCAACAAGAAAUCGAGGCGAAGGAAGCAUGUGACUGGCUGCGAGCUGCUGGGUUCCCGCAGUACGCUCAGCUGUAUGAAGAUUCCCAGUUCCCCAUCAACAUUGUGGCUGUCCAAAAAGACCAUGAUUUUCUUGAAAGGGACCUUGUAGAGCCUCUUUGCAGACGACUUAAUACGUUGAACAAGUGCGCCUCAAUGAGACUUGAUGUGAACUUCCAAAGGAAAAAGGGUGACGACUCGGAUGAGGAAGAUCUCUGCAUCAGCAACAAAUGGACUUUCCAGAGAACCAGCCGCAGGUGGUCCCGUGUGGAUGACCUGCACACGCUCUUCCCAGGGGCAGACAGAAACGGGUCCCCAGGAGGCCCUAGGAUGAGAAACACGACCAGCAGCGAGAGUGUGCUCACGGAUCUGAGUGAACCCGAGGUCUGCUCCAUUCACAGCGAAAGCAGCGGGGGCAGCGACAGCCGCAGCCACUCAGGGCAACACUGUGUCGACGGCCCGCUAGUUCUAGAGGGCACCCUGGUCAGCAGUGGCCUCCCACAGUCUCCCCGAGACAGUCUCGGCUACCCUUCCCACCCCAAGAAUGAGAAACCCGCCAGGGCCAGAGCCAAGUCGUUUUUGAAACGCAUGGAUACCCUUCGAGCUAAGGGAGCACACGGGAGGCAUAAGGGGUCAGGGCGGACAGGUGGCCUGGUCAUCAGUGGACCUGUGCUGCAGCAGGAGCCAGAGUCCUUUAAGGCCAUGCAGUACGUCCCUAUACCCAAUGGCGAUGUGCAGACCUCGCCUCCAUCUGCCUGCAGGAAAGCGCUUCCCUGCUCCAGUAAGUCAAGUGGUGAGAGCAGCCCCUUGGAGAAUAGCAGCCGAGUGAGCACUCCAUGUAUGAAGGAGCGCAAGUGCCACUAUGAGGCCAACAAGCGUGGGGGCAUGUACCUGGAGGACCUGGAUGUGCUGGCAGGGACCGCGCCACCAGAUACAGGGGACCAAAACCACACGCAUGGGUUUCAUUCCCAAGAGAACUUGGUGGUCCAUAUUCCCAAGGAUCACAAACCAGGAACGUUCCCCAAGGCACUUUCUAUAGAAAGCCUGUCACCCUCAGACAACAGCAAUGGGAUUAACUGGAGGACCAGAGGCAUCUCCCUGGGCAGACAACAGGGCCCAGGCAUGAGGGAACCCAGACUCAUGGCGUCCUGCCACAGAGCCAGUCGGGUCAGUAUCUAUGACAAUGUCCCUGGCUCACAUCUGUACGCCAGCACAGGAGAUCUCUUGGACCUGGAAAAAGAUGGCCUCCUCCCACAGCUGGAUGACAUCUUACAGCAUGUCAACGGCAUCCAAGAAGUAGUGGAUGACUGGUCAAAAGAUAUCUUACCCGAACUUCAAAGUCACGAUGUGCUCGCAGGGGAGCCUGCCUUAUCCCCGUUUCCAUCUCCUAACCAGAUCACUUUAGAUUUUGAAGGCAACUCAGUCUCAGAAGGUCAGACGACACCCAGUGACGUGGAAAGGGAUGGAACUUCUCUGAAUGAAUCGGAAGCUGCCGGGGUCAAAGAAAGAAGGGACUCUGGUGUGGGGGCCUCUCUGACCAGGCCAAACAGGCGACUACGAUGGAGCAGCUUCCACCUCUCACACCAACCGCAGCCGUCCCCAGCCACCCCGCACAUCAGCAGCCAGACGGCGGCCCAGCUGAACCUGCUCCAGCGCUUCUCGCUGCUUCGUCUCACGGCCAUCAUGGAGAAGUACUCCAUGUCUAACAAGCACGGCUGGACCUGGUCCGUUCCGAAGUUCAUGAAGAGGAUGAAGGUUCCCGACUACAGAGACAAGGCUGUCUUCGGUGUUCCUCUCAUAGUCCAUGUCCAGAGAACAGGACAGCCCCUGCCUCAGAGCAUUCAACAAGCACUGAGGUAUCUACGUAGCAACUGUCUGGAUCAGGUGGGACUUUUCCGCAAGUCGGGAGUGAAGUCUCGAAUCCAUGCUCUGCGUCAAAUGAACGAGAGCUUCCCUGAGAACGUGAGCUACGAAGACCAGUCUGCGUAUGACGUGGCAGACAUGGUGAAGCAGUUCUUCCGGGACCUCCCUGAGCCCCUGUUCACCAACAAGCUCAGUGAGACCUUCCUCCACAUCUAUCAGUAUGUCCCCAAAGAACAGCAGCUGCAGGCUGUGCAGGCAGCCAUCCUGCUGCUGGCGGAUGAAAACCGGGAGGCCCUGCAGACGCUCCUGUGCUUCCUCCACGAUGUCGUGAACUUAGUGGAAGAGAAUCAGAUGACGCCCAUGAACCUGGCCGUGUGCCUGGCCCCCUCCCUCUUUCACCUUAACUUACUGAAGAAAGACAGCUCGCCAAGGGUCAUCCAAAAGAAAUACGCCACUGGGAAGCCAGAUCAGAAGGACCUCAAUGAAAAUCUAGCCGCAGCCCAGGGCCUCGCCCACAUGAUCACAGAGUGCAACCGACUCUUUGAGGUCCCACAUGAGAUGGUGGUCCAGUCUCGGAGCUCCUACUUGGAGGCUGAGAUCCAUGCACCCAGCCUGGAAGACUUGGGAACACAGGUGGCAGAGAGCGGGGCAACUUUCCACACGUACCUAGAGCAUCUUGUCCAAGGCCUCCAGAAAGAAGCUAGGGAGAAAUUCAAAGGGUGGGUCGCAUGCUCCAGCCCCGACAACACAGAUCUGGCUUUCAAAAAGGUGGGGGACGGGAACCCGCUGAAGCUGUGGAAGGCGUCUGUGGAGGUGGAGGCACCACCGUCUGUGGUGUUGAAUCGUGUGCUGAGGGAACGCCACCUGUGGGAUGAGGACUUCGUUCAGUGGAAAGUUGUGGAAACUUUGGACAGACAAACCGAAAUCUACCAGUACGUGCUGAACAGCAUGGCCCCGCAUCCCUCCAGAGACUUCGUGGUUCUCAGGACCUGGAAGACUGACUUGCCCAAAGGAAUGUGCACCCUGGUAUCCCUGUCUGUGGAGCAUGAAGAAGCCCAGCUGAUGGGCGGCGUGCGGGCGGUGGUGAUGGACUCUCAGUACCUGAUAGAACCAUGCGGUUCCGGCAAGUCCAGGCUGACCCACAUCUGCAGGAUAGACCUGAAGGGUCACUCCCCAGAAUGGUACAGCAAAGGCUUUGGACACCUCUGCGCUGCUGAAGUCGCCAGAAUUAGAAACUCCUUCCAGCCCCUCAUUGCUGAGGGUCCAGAGACAAAAAUCUGAGCUCUCCCCAGUGUGGCGUCAAACUCAGGGAACACGAAGAGGAAUGAACGAACGGUCACCGUGUGUGGAGUGCGCUGUCCCGUGGGAACCGGUGGCCACGGACCAUAUUCCUAACCUGCCUGGAGAUGGCUAAUCCUUACUAAUAUAAUGUCUUGGACAUUUAUCUGUUGCUUAAAAUUAAAUGGGUUAUUCCUUACAUAUUGCCUAAUUUGCUAUUUAAAGGCUUCUAAGAAGCGUUGUUUUAGCUGUAAAUAAAUGUACUGUAGCAUUU